CAAUUAAUAACGUUCGUUUACUAACUGUGGUUUAUUAACUUUUUAGUAUUUGUGAAAGUGCACAAAUGUGAGAAAUUAAAACAAAACCGCUGGACGUAGCUUCUCGGGAUCAACCAAAAAGUCUAUUGAAAAAGUCUCAGUAAAAAACCAGCAUUUUACUGAGAUUAUAUUUCAUCCCAUAUCAUCUCAUCUCAUUUAAUUUCAUUUAAUAAUUAUGCCAAUUGAUGUUUCAAAUUGAUCAACUUCGUUUUAGUUCACUUCAUAUUAUCAUUUUUCAUAAAAAAAUAUAUAAAUGAUUAGGCGUCAUUGUAUGAUAUCUUUGCCUAUCUAGCUGGAAAAAUAGUACUACAAACACACGUCAAGUCAAAAUACACUGUCAAGUAGGUACAUUUACUACCGUACCUACUUUCAAAUCAAACUUAUCUUCAGUGUUUCAAAUAUUUAAAACAUUAAUCUGUGAUAUUGUUAAAAAUUAUUACUUUACAACAUAAUUCAUAAUUUACAAUAGUAUACAGCUGGAUUUAACUGUAUAAGCGUACAAAUAUACCAUACAAAAUGUUGGUACUUGUCCUCGGGGAUCUUCACAUUCCUCACAGAUGCAGCAGCUUGCCAGCUAAGUUCAAGAAGUUGCUUCUACCUGGAAGGAUACAGCAUAUAUUGUGUACUGGAAACUUAUGUACAAAAGACUCCUAUGAUUAUUUGAAGACUUUGGCCAGUGAUGUGCAUGUUGUUAGGGGAGAUUUUGAUGAGAAUGCGACAUAUCCAGAGCAGAAAGUCGUCACAGUUGGACAGUUCCGCAUUGGACUGAUUCAUGGACACCAAGUAGUCCCUUGGGGCGAUGAAGAGUCUCUAGCUUUGAUACAGAGGCAGCUGGAUGUGGACAUCCUGAUAUCAGGGCACACGCAUCGCUUUGAGGCUUACGAACACGAGAAUAAGUUCUAUAUCAAUCCUGGUUCAGCUACUGGAGGUUACAGCCCUUUAUACAGGGAUCCUACUCCUUCGUUUGUGCUGAUGGACAUUCAGAGUUCGACAGUGGUCACCUACGUUUACAAGCUCCUCGGUGAUGAAGUCAAAGUUGAAAGAAUUGAAUACAAGAAGACAUGAUCUGUUAUACGUUCCGCCAUUUAGUAACAUGAGUGAAUAUUAUAACAGAAGUGUAACAUUAGUUUAUGAAUUUAUUUGGCUAAACACAUACACAUAUUUUUGAUAUGAUGCUAUACGGGUUGUACCGCAGCAAAUUACUAUUGGAAAAUAAACCAGCAGGCAAGUAUCAAUUUUUCUAAUGAAAUACGUACUUAACAAAUUUUCACGAUUGACUUCCACGGUGAAGGAAUAACUUCGUGUGAUAAAAAUCAAAUCCGCAAAAUUAUUAUUUAAUUAGCUGGUGAUAGGACGUCUUGUGAGUCCGCACGAGUAUGUACCACGACCCUGCCAAUUUCUGCCGUGAAGCAGUAGUGUGUUUCGGUUUGAAGGGUGGGUAGCCGUUGUAACUAUACUGAGAUCUUAGAACUUAUAUCUCAAGGUAGGUGGCGGCAUUUACGUUGUAGAUGUUUAUGGGCUCCAGUAACCACUUAACACCAGGUGGGCCGUGAGCUCGUCCAACCAUAUAAGCAAUAAAAAAAAAUAACUGAAAAGAUAUUUAUUUAUUCAAAUAAGAAAUCAUUAUCACUUUAAUAAGUUCGUCCCGUGAACAUCGCGUGCUCGAGGCCGUUGACCUCGCGGCUCAGCCUACGUGUAGGUAAUUGUUACAUUGCACGUAAUGCAAAUUGGUGAUAUGUAAUACAGUGAUGAUAAUAUUUUUCGAUCCUCGCGUUCUUAACUUUGUCUUGUUAACAAUAAUACUGAUGUAAUCUGUUAUCCCUUUAAGAUCCAAGUGUAACGGACAUAACAAGUAAUAAUUGCUCUGUGAUUAGCUUAAUCUUUUUCUUUAAUGAUAGGGUCAACGGAAAUUUGUUUUUCUUAUAAACAGUCUAGGAAUUAAACAUUUUCAAGUAAUACUUAAUGCUGUAUACUGGAUGCCCGAAGUCUUGAACCCUUACCGUUGCCAAUAAUCAAUAGAAGACAUGAGUGGAUGAAGGGGAUAUGAUAUAAUUUGUCAAUUUUGAGAAAACGGGCAGCAAGCUUUUCUUACUUGUACUUUUUCUUCGUACACAUUUGCAAUUUGUAAAAAUAGCCUUUAAACCCGGAGUUUUAAGAUGUAAUAAGGUUUAUAAGCACAUAACACCUUACAUUUAAUGUAAAAACUCAAAAAUCUUAAAUAUUGUACUUAACCCCUUCAUCCAUUUAUGUCUUCAAUUAACCUGACUGCGAGCUGUCUUCAACAUACUUUGCGGGUUCACUAGAUAUGGACUUUUAUAAAAAUAAAAUAUAUUUUUCUAGGCAAAUGAAUUUUAUUUACGUUUAAGUGCAUGUAGAUUUUUUUUGCGUCUAUUUCUUGGGAUCUUCGCCUUUGAGGUUCUAACAUUAAGUUUAUCAAAUAUAUUAAAUUGCAUGUAUUAUUACAUAAAAUCAUUACGUAAACAUGGUUGACAUUUCUGAAUUAUACAGGCGGUAGAUCGUACUAGAAACUUUCGCGUGAAAGCUCCGGGAACCACUUAAUAUCAGGUGCGCGUGAGUAUGUGUUUAAUAUGAAAAAUCGUGAAUACCGGAACGCAGUAUGCCUUGGAAGGGCAAGGAUGUUGUUACGACACAAUUAAAACGUAAACAUAUUCUUGCCAAAGUAAUUUAUUAUUUUUAAUUGAAUAGAAAAAUAUAAUAGAUUAUUUAAUUAUUAAAAUCCUUUUGAGUAAUGCUGUUAGAAUAUUCGCUCAUGUUUAAGCCCUUGGUUAUAUUACAUAAUAAGAUACUAAGCUAUUGUUUUUGUAAAUAAAAUUAUAUUGAAUAUGGA